CCUGUAUACCCGCUUUCGUCAACUUCGUUCCUGUUCUGUCUCAACGCAUAUCUUCGACUGUUGCGACUGAGAAGUAUUGGAUUUGUCCACAGGCUGAUCGAUGUAAUCCUCCGCAGUUUUCCCUUCGAGUCACGUCACACCACAUUUGAGUCCACCAUAAUAACGUUGAAGCCAUGAGUAUUCCCGAAGAAGUCCAAGAAUACCUCAAAGGUCCCUCUAGUCCUGUUCCUGAAGGAAAGACAUCCAAUCUGGACGAUCCUCCCAACAAGAAUAAUGAGGUCUUCACAUUCAUUGCUCUGUCUAUCGUGCUUGUAACGACCGUUACGUUGGCUCGCGCCUACUCGCGCAUUCACAUUGUCAAACAAUUUCACAUAGAGGAUUGCCUUGGAAUCCUUGCAAUAAUACCAUAUGCGGGCUUGGUGUCUGCGUCUUUCUACUUUGGGCGGCACAUUGGAUUUGGGGUGCAACAGUGGGAUUUGCCUGGUUCCGCUCUUAUUGAUCUCGGCUACGUUUCCCUCGUGGGCGCAAUCUCCUACGCCCUCUUGUUGCUUCUUCUGAAAUCUGCAAUUCUUCUGGAGUGGAUUCGGAUAUUCGUUCCCCACCGCACACGCAACAUCUUCUACUGGACCAGCGUUAUCCUCAUGCUGAGUAAUGUCGGAUUUCAAAUUGCCGGCAUAGCUGUCAUGUUUGGCAGUUGUCGACCUCUGCACAAAAUGUGGCAUUUCUGGAUACCUGGUACGUGCAUUGAAACCAAGGGUAUUCAUAUUGCUAUCGCCACGAUCAACCUUGCCAUGGAUGCUUUCAUUCUUGCAUUGCCGCAGAGGAUCAUAUUCUCCCUUCAAAUGAACACGCGUCGCAAGGUUGGCGUUGCUAUAAUCUUCUCGGUUGGGUUACUGUAUGUCCUGCACCAUCUAAAUCCGAGUCAUAAUAUGGUACUGAGGCUUGUGCAUGACAGAGUCGUUGCGGCUGCAGGUGGCCGUCUAUACACCGUUUUAACGAUGGACUACCCCAUAGGCACCAACAUACCUUCCAAUAUGUCUAAUCAAUGCUCUCAAGGCCUUCUAUGGGCCCUGUCAGAGAUCACUGGUGUAUUCCUUGUAUUCUGUGUGCCAGCUUUACCCAAGAUCUUUGAAAACAAACUCAUCGUUUCGCGAAUCACCACAUCAUGGCAGGCCUGUAUGCGUGUAUUUCAACGGCCAUUAUCGCAGCCAUCCACUCAAGCUCGAGUGACCGACAAUACUAACAGUCACUCUGACAUUCAGUGCAGACCGGGGAGCCCCAUUCACAGGGACAGGGUCAAGGAACCACUCCAGGAGUCCUCUGAAGAUGGAGGCCAUCAAUGUCUGCCAGCUGCAGACACUUUCGACACGUUUGCCAUCCACAGCGGGGAGGACACUGCUUCCAUAUCGUCUAUGGAUUCUUGCAUAAAAUCACAAGAGCCACAGAUGGUUCCAAACGUGUAAUGUACACAUCGAGGUCCAUAUACCGAGUGAUACUGGGUGGAACGGUGGGAUUCGACUGCUGCUGCAGCUUUGGUACGUCACUUUCUAAUGAAACAACCACAAAGUCAAACGGAUGUACCCGCUCCUUGGUGCGGAUUGGCCGUCAUGUAGUUACUGGCUGGCGCCUGGAGCUCAAACACUGUCGACUUCUGUUGCACACACUUAGCUGUCUGGACCUCACCGUCGUGAACACCGGGGACUGAAAGGGACUUGAGGGGCUGCGUGUUCGAAUAUCACCGGCCCGGAUGCUAGCGAACAGGAUUCAACUGCUAACAGCACAGAGGCAAGCUACCAGCAGAACUUUGGAACAUGCCCAGAGCAAAUAGGCGAGCCUUUAUGCCGCUUUCCGCCGGUGAUCGAAUCUGCGCUAGGAAUCCUGUGACAUGGUUGGGGAUGAGGUUGAAGAUCGCCAAGGCACUUUGGUGCUCUGACUUUGAGCUGGCGCCUGGUGAGGCCGGAAAGCUGGGCGGAGGGCAAGAAGGCGGACCCUAGGGUCGAAGGUGGGUCGACGAGUUCCAGUUGAAACAUAGUAGCAUCAUCAUCGACCACAGCGGCCCGCAUUUAAAAGCUGGUUCUUAAACAGCGGUGCGACUUCUGGCGGGAAUUUGAAUGAUGUUCUGACUGGUAGAGGUUUAUGAAUGAUGGGCAAUCGGGCCAAGGAGCUGCAGUCAGCAGUAAAAGAU